AAGCAGGGACACAAAGGACGAAAGGGCUUUUCUUUGCGUAUACAGGAUGAUGCGGCGGCGGAAUCGAUCGCAAGUGGCCAAGAUCCCCUGGCUGCCAGAUCUGACCCCCUUCGACGACGAUGGAUCCGGGUUGAUUUGACCGUUCGCCUUCCUUCCCCCGUGCUGUCAAAGAUUGACGCUUCUUGGGGAUCGUCUCGUCUCCUCUCGUUUGUUGGCGAUGGCGAAGCUGACACCAGGGAUUGUUGCGGUGAUUAUGGUGUCUGGGAGCGUGAUCUACAUCGCGGCCAACAGGUUCCACCGGCUCAAGCAGCAGAAUUUCGAGGAUCUGGCGCCCGCCGCAAAGCCCAAGAAGAAGGUCCGCUUCUCCGACUCGGUCGUGGAGCCCAAGGGCGACAAUCGCGAGUUUCGGAGGUCUCGCAAGGCUCGGGGGAGCGUCAAUCAGGAAAUUUCGGAUCAGGGAGGCGAGCCGGCGCCGGCACCGAGCGCAGCUCCAGAGAUUUCGGUGGAUCGAGCGCCGCCGCCCGGCGAUCACCGGCCAAUCUCGAAGAAAGUGGAGGCGCUGCUGGGAUCCAAUCUGCCCGCUAACAGGAUCGCGCUCUACUCGGACAGGUAUCACGAUCGCCUCCUCAAGGUCUGACGCGAGCGAUUGAUUGAUUGCCCGGCUCCUCCUCUCCCAUUCUUUCUUUCGGUUCGAUCGAUUGUCAAUUUUCUCUCUAACUCCACCGAUCGCCACAUUCGUUGCGUGACCUUUUCUCUUCCGGUACUGGUUUUCGUUUUUUUCCUGUUCUACUCUUCAUUUUCCCGGCAAAAAGGGGGCUUUCAACAUCUGGGGUGUCCUUCGCUUGGCUGCUUCGAAAAAAAUUCGUGCGUGGCGACGACGGCCUCCCUCCACUUGCAGCUCCGAGUGGGCGGCGCAGCGAGAGAACAAGAGCAACAGUCAAUCUCGCUGGAAUCAUUGGCGACGGAAGAAAUCCCAGUAGCCAAUGCGAGCGUCUCAAGAUAAGAGAUCCUUUCGUGGAAAGAGCAAGAACAAUUGGUUAUAGUGGUCGGUGGUGACCGGUCAGUGGUGAUCCAGUGGUCAGUCUCCACCCAAUUAUUGACGGACUUCUUUAAGCUUCCAUUCUUAUCCAACAUAAAUCUUUGGAUCUAA